AUGUCAAUAUCGAUAUUACACUUCGUUCUAUUUUCCUAUCAAAUAUUUUCAAGUACUUUUGCUUGGGGACCCAUUGGUCAUAGUCUUGUUGCACGUCUUGCUCAAAGUCAAUUGGAUUCAUCUACUUACAAGUGGGUUUACAAUUAUAUACCAUCGGAUUUGUCGGGUAAUUUAAGCGCAAUAGCAUCAUGGCCUGAUCUUAUACUCUAUCCGGAUACAAAUCCACUUGAUUAUAUGAAUUGGCAGUGGUCUCGUGAAUUACAUUACAUAAAUACACCUGAUUGGAACUGUCAAUAUAUUUCAACGAGAGAUUGUUUAAAUGAUAGAUGUGUUGAAGGUGCAUUAAAAAAUUAUUCACAAAGAUUAAUUGAUAAUAAAUGUGAUUAUGUUCAACAGCAGCAAGCUCUUUUCUUUCUUGUUCAUUUUGUUGGUGAUGUUCAUCAGCCUUUACAUUGUGGUUUUAAAGGAGAUUUCGGUGGAAAUAUUGUUAAAGGUUUUUUUUUAAAUGAAAAAAAUCUAACAAAUCUUCAUACAAUAUGGGACGUUGAAAUAAUUAAUAAUCAUAUUGAUCUUCAUUUUCAAUCGGAUAUUAAUCUUUAUUAUGAAUAUUUAAAAUCACUUAUGUUUAAUCAAUCUUUAUUAAAUAAUGAAACAUACAAUGAUUACAAAGUAUGGAUUGAUGAAAGUGUUAAUUAUGUUUGUAAACAAGUUUAUUUAGAUGAUAAUAAUAUUAGAAUUAAUACUUCAUUAAAGUUUACAUUAGGGGAAAAAUAUUUCAAUCGAAAUUGGCCUCUUAUUGAUCAACGUUUAGCACAAGCAGGUCAUAGACUUGCAUCGUUACUUAAUCAACUAGUGAAAAAGCGAUCAUCAAGAAAACUUUCACCAGAUACACAAGCUCUUAUUAUUGUUUUAUGUAUUGAAUUAGGUAUCGGUAUUAUUGCUGCUACGUGUAUUUAUUUGUCAACAAUUCAAAGCAAUACAUUAUCACCUAAAUGGGCCGAUGAAGAAUGGAUUGUUCGUAAUGUUCCACACAAUGCCAAACUGACUGUUUUUGUCUAUGACAAGAACGACAAUUCGCUUAAAGAUGAUUUUAUAGGUCAAUUUGAAAUUGGCGAUUUGCCUAACUACAAAUCUCUGCCAGAGGGUCAUCGAAUCCUAGAUUCAAAUGGCGGCGAUAGGGGUCGUUUUCAUUUAACUAUUGAAUCAGUAGAAUCACCUGAAUCAAGUAAGAAACUUCCUCGAUAUACAUUCGAUGGUCCUUGUCGUUAUACUCGACAUAGUUCCCCUAUUGCUGGUUAUUUAACUAUGUUGAAUAAGAAUAAUGUUUAUUCAACAUGGAAAAUUAACUUAAGACGUAUAUCAGUAUAUUUUCGUCCACAUGAUCGUCAACCAUGGAAUCGACAAUAUCGAAUAGCUCAAACAAUUUUUGAUGAAUCUCCACGUUCGGUGGCUAAACAAAAUGCCAUUAAAUUAGCACAUAAAAUGCUUUAUGGACGAACAAUAAAAAAUAAUGAAAUGGGACGAUUAAACAAUGUUAAUGAUUUAUGGACAUUGAUUUUUUCAGAUGAGAAGACCAAACGCAUGAGAUCAUGUGUUGGAUAUUUUACUGAUUUUGCAAGUAAACAUGCGUUACAUGCCAAUUGUUGUGAAUCUGUUCGUUAUGCUGGUCAAUUUCAUCCUCGUCCUAGAUUUGGAUGGGAUCGAUGCGAUGAUGAAUGGGAAUUAGUGUUCGAUAAUUGGUCGGGAACAUAUGCACCUAGCUUGGAUUUAUUGAAGAAUUUAAAAGAUUUAUUAGAAUUUAAUUUUCCUGGAUUGAAUGUUGUUGCAUAUGAUUUCAAAAAUCCUCUGGUGAGAGAAAGUAUGGAUCAAUUGAAAAUAGCACAAGAAAAGUUUAAAACAAAUUCUUCAUCUAACUACAAUUGA